UCAGUUUUGUAACGAUUCAAUUUUGCAUCUAACAAGUUUGUCUACUUGGGUUACCAAGAUAAGGACCGUGUCAACAACUGCAAAAUGGUUAAGAUCUAAGAAUUGCACAACAAAAUGAAACAAAUGAAAUGCCAUAUCACAUUUUUGUAAUCCCUUUGUAUUUGAAGCAUUCUUCCUAGCAUCGAUGGUAUAAUGGACAUGUUUUGUAGACUAAGAGUAGUAAUCAGGGAUGGAUGGAAUAAUUUGUUGAAGCAUCGGCGAAGCUUAAACUCCAAAAUGUUUGAUUGCUGUUUUAUGAUGCUCCAUACAAAAUUUAUGAUCUCACCUCUAUCUAUUUCAGAAUGGCUGAAUUCAUACACCGUGGCAUCUGACAGUGAACACACUGGGGAGGAUAAGUCAUCAACUUUUCCUGAAAUUGGCAUUGGAAUUGACAUUGGUACAUCACAAUGCAGUAUUGCUGUGUGGAAUGGAUCUGAAGUGGAGCUUUUGAAGAACACAAGAGACCAGAAGAUUAUGAGAUCAUAUGUGACUUUUAAUGAUGAUACCCCUUCUGGAGGAGUUAAAAGUCAACUCUCUCAUGAACAUGACUUGUUAUCCGGAGCUACAAUCUUCAACAUGAAACGCUUGAUUGGAAGAGUUGAUACAGACCCAGCUGUUCACUCUAGUAAAAAUCUCCCAUUUCUGGUACAGACCUUGGAUAUUGGUAUACGUCCCUUUAUUGCGGCACUGGUGAACAAUGUGUGGAGAUCCACCACGCCAGAAGAAGUCCUGGCUAUUUUUCUACUGGAACUAAGAGAGAUGGCUGAACCUCAGCUAAAACAACCAAUAAGAAAUGCAGUCCUCACAGUUCCGGUCUCAUUCAAUCGAUUCCAGCUGACCCGAAUUGAACGAGCUUGUGCUAUGGCUGGCCUUCACAUUCGCCAGCUGAUGCCUGAACCAACUGCUGUGGCUUUAUUAUAUGCGCAGCAGCAGCAGAGUUCUCAUGACAUGAUGGGCAGCGGAAGCGAGAAGAUUGCUCUAAUUUUCAAUAUGGGUGCUGGCUAUUGUGAUGUCGCUGUGACAUCUACAGCCGGAGGAGUAUCACAGAUAAAGGCAUUGGCAGGAAGUACCAUAGGGGGCGAAGACUUGCUUCAGAAUACGAUGCAUUAUCUGUUACCAGAAUCUCAAACUCUAUUCACGACCCGCGGUAUCAAAGAAAUCAAAACUAUGGCCCUGCUCCGAGUUGCAACUCAGGACGCCAUUCAUAGGCUCUCCUCUCAAACUAGUGUGCAUAUUGAUGUAGACUUGGGAGAUGGAUUGAAGCUAAACAGUUUAAACCGGAACGAGUUUGAGGAAGUGAAAAAGGUGUUUGAGAAGUGUGAAAACCUCAUCAUCCAGUGUUUGCAAGAUGCCAGAGUAGAGGUUGAGGACGUAAGCGAUGUGAUAGUCGUUGGCGGAUGCUCUUAUAUUCCGAAGGUAAAGAAUCUUGUGACUAGCAUGUUUAAUGGAAAGGAACUUUACAAAGGGUUAAAUCCUUUAGAAGCUGCGGUUCGGGGUGCAGCAGUUGAGGGAGCUGUGGGAAACUUGGACUUGCUAACUAUCCAAACCGCACCUCUAGCUAUAGGGAUCAGAGCUGAUGGGAACAACUUUGUCCCUUUGAUACCAAGGAAUACAACAAUACCAGCAAGGAGGGACUUGGUUUUCACAACCUGUCAUGAUAAUCAAACUGAGGCAUUGAUCAUUGUGUAUGAAGGUGAGGAAAAGAAGGCUGAAGAGAAUCAUUUGCUGGGAUAUUUCAAAGUAGUUGGAAUUCCUGAAGCACCUAAAGGAGUUCCGGAGAUUAAUGUGUGCAUGGACAUAAAUGCAGCAAAUGCACUGACAGUGUUAGUAGGUGUUGUAAUGCCAGGGUCUCGGCAGUCGGUGAUUCCGGUCAUGGAAGUGAGGACAACUGUCGAUGACGGCCAUGGUUGGUGCGUUGAGGCCUUAAAUAAGAAGUGUGGUGAUACACAGGACUUGGUUACUGUCCAGAGGAAAGCAUAAAGUGAUACAUCAAUGCCUUUUCUUUUAUUUUCUUUUUGUUUUUUUUUUUAACCAUGGUUUUCUAGUGUUCUAGAGACGUGUUUUAGCGUUUGGUGUUUGUAUAAAUGGUGUUCUGCGCCUCCGAUCUUACAAAUCUGGAAGUAAAUAUGCGGUAUAUGAUGAAAUAAUAAAAGCUGA